GGUACAUUAUUCUCAAACCUUGGAUUCGUUCCGUUUAAUUUGCUGGUUAGUUUGGCUUUCUACAACCAUGUCAUCGAUUUCUAUACUGUUUAGCAUUUCAAUGCGAAACAGGAAUGUGCAGCAUAAUGCUAUAAAUAUCACGAUGGUUAAAAUUCUGGCAUUGCUGUGAGAGAUGGGGCAGAAAAUAAUUUCACUAGUCCUGGUUUUCAUAUUUCGUCAAGUAUCAACUUCAUUUGCCCAGGAAUAUCCAUUUCAAACUGACUUCCCUUGGCAGGGCCCACCACCUUGGGUAGAUGAAAACUCACCUAGAUAUCCAACCGACGGUUUUCCAGUACCCUUGAAUCCCGAAGCAAUGGGCGGCUAUUUCGAAGGAGAUAUGAUUCUAAGCCAGGAGCAAUUCAGACUUAUGGAAGGUAAGAACGGUGUUCUCAUCGAAUUAUUUCGCUGGCCACAUAAGACCGUUCCUUACGUGUUCGAGCCAAACCGUUUCAACAGGAUGCAAAUUGCUAUGAUAAGGAAAGCAAUGCGCCGGAUCGAGAGGGUUACCUGCGUCAAGUUCACGCCACGCACUAAUCAACGGGAUUACAUUCGCAUUCAAGGCUUCAAGCCUGGUUGUUCUGCCCAGAUAGGCCAUCUCAUUGGACAGCAAGAGGUCAACUUCGCGCCGGGCUGUUUUCAGGUAGGCGUUCUCAUGCAUGAACUGAUACAUGUGCUUGGAUUCGUUCAUAUGCAAAGUGCCCCGAACCGGGACGAAUGGGUGCGCAUCCUUUGGAAAAAUAUAAAGCCGGGCCAUGAGAGGAACUUCGACAAGUACGAAGCCAGCUGGAUUGGUCUUUUCGGAACCCAAUAUGAUUACGGAAGUAUUAUGCACUACACUCUAUACGAUUUCAGCAAAAAUGGAAAGAAAACUAUGGUACCGCUGAGGGAUACCAAAAUGGUUGGACAACGGAAAGGAUUGAGCAGAGCCGACAUUACUAAAAUAAACAGAAUGUACAAAUGUAGGGCGGCGUAGCAUUCAGCAACAACAUUUUGUUACACCUAUGUAACUAACCCCACCAGUAAAAUAAUGAUCAUUAUUAAUCUAGGCGUACACCGUUCGGACUGAAAAUUCCACCAAACAGCUUUCAGGGGAUGAUUACGAUGUUCCGCUUCGGAGGGCCGGUGUGUCAGCAAGGACGAUGUUGAAAUGGUUUUUAUAAAAAUUAAGUUUGAUUUGUAUUACCAAGCAAGGUUGCCGAAAAAAAAUUCUGUGUUU